CCCCCUACACACACACACACGCACUCACACACGCACGCACACACCCUUCCCCCCGCCCCCGCACACACACACAUACACACACACACACAACUGAGAGGCCUUAUAUCCCCCCCCCCCCAGCUCCGAGCAUCCCGCCAGCCCAGCACCCCCAUGGACUGAAUGAAGACUGCCUACACCGCCUAUCGAUGCCUCACCAAAGAGCUGGAUGCUUGCGCCAUGAACCCGGAGAUGACAAUGGACAGUCUGGGCAGUUUGCAUGGGGCAGCCAGCCAUGAGCAGGAUCUGCUGGGCACCCCCAGCCCGCACCACCCCAGCCGCAGCGCCGGAUCGCUACGGGUCCAUCCUCCUCCUUCGCACCAGGACUUAGCUUCUGCCUCUUCCCGCUCGGCCAUGGUGUCCAGCAUGGCUUCCCUGCUAGACGGGGCAGGGGAUUACCGCCCGGAGCUGUCCAUCCCCCUCCAUCAUGCCAUGAGCAUGCCCUGUGACUCCUCGCCCCCUGGCAUGGGCAUGAGCAGCACCUACACCACUCUGACUCCACUCCAGCCCCUGCCGCCCAUCUCCACCGUCUCCGACAAGUUCCACCACCCGCACCACCACCCCCAUGCCCACCACCACCAUCACCACCACCACCACCAGCGCCUCUCCGGCAAUGUCAGCGGGAGCUUCACCCUGAUGAGGGACGAGAGGGGUCUGCCGGCCAUGAACAACCUCUACAGCCCCUACAAGGAGAUGUCCGGCAUGGGGCAGAGCCUGUCCCCCUUGGCUGGCACCCCCCUGGGCAACGGAUUGGGGUCCAUCCACAACACCCAGCAGAGCCUCCAUAACUAUGGACCCCCCAGCCACGACAAGAUGCUCAGCCCCAACUUUGAUGCCCACACUGCCAUGCUGGCCAGGGGUGAGCAGCACCUCUCCCGGGGGCUGGCUACCCCCCCUGCGGCCAUGAUGUCCCACUUAACCGGUAUGCACCAUCCUGGACACCCUGGCCAUGCUCAGCCUCACGGGCCCGUGUUGGCUUCCAGCCGGGAAAGGCCGCCCUCCUCCUCUGGAUCUCAAGUUAACAACUCUGGGCAGUUAGAAGAGAUCAACACCAAAGAAGUGGCCCAAAGGAUCACUGCAGAGCUGAAGCGCUAUAGCAUCCCCCAGGCGAUCUUUGCCCAGAGGGUGCUGUGCCGUUCUCAGGGGACCCUUUCAGACCUUCUAAGGAACCCUAAACCUUGGAGUAAGCUGAAAUCUGGCAGGGAGACGUUCAGGAGAAUGUGGAAAUGGCUGCAGGAACCCGAGUUCCAGAGAAUGUCAGCCUUAAGACUUGCAGCAUGCAAACGCAAAGAACAAGAACCGAAUAAAGACAGGAACAAUUCCCAGAAGAAAUCUCGUCUGGUUUUCACCGAUCUCCAGCGCAGAACACUUUUUGCCAUCUUCAAAGAGAACAAACGUCCAUCCAAAGAAAUGCAGAUCACCAUCUCCCAACAGCUGGGCUUGGAACUUACCACUGUCAGUAACUUCUUCAUGAACGCUAGGAGACGCAGCCUUGAGAAAUGGCAGGAUGAUUUGAGUACAGGGGGAUCCUCUUCAGCCUCCAGCACUUGUACCAAAGCAUGAUUGAAGAAAGGAAUCUAAAUUAGGCACAACUCAACCAUAAAAAAGAGAAAAAAAGAAUGAAAGGAAAGAAAAAGUAUGGAUUCUGAGUGGGGCCCUUCACUGGUGAUUUGAAAGCACAAUUCUCUUGGAAAGUAAUUCUAGUCUAGUUGUAAACAUAGGACACUUUUUUAAUGGCUAUUUAGUCAGUUUUAGAAGACGCAAAUCACAAAUUAAUCUCUUUCUAUAUAGUAUUACAUUCAAGACAGGCUAAGCAUAUCCAAAAUAUAAGUGGGUCAUUCAUGACAUAAAUUUUUCCUGAGAGCCAAUGAAGACUUCAACUAUGGACCAGCAUUUAAGGCGAUGGGAGUACUGCAGGAUUGCCCAGAGUUGGUAGCUAAACAGAAAUGCAAACAUGUCUGACCUACUUUGUUUUCCAAAUGCUUAGGCUUGCCACACCACAAAAUACCAAAGCUCACACCCAUAACAUGAUAACAUGAGAACUGAGCACAAAUCUUAAAAGAUGAAAAUUGAAAAAUCCAAGAACCUGUUUUGUAAUCUCAGGCAUUGUUUUGUUUAGAUGUUUUAGAAAAAAAAUUGAUCCAAUUUUAUGUUUUGGGUUUAUUUUUUAAACUUAUCAGUGAACACUCACAUGGUCUUGGAUCACUAAAAUUCAGUUCACUUGAGCUCAAAGUAUCAAGCACAAAGACAAUAGAUACAGAAAUAGAACGGUUCUGGACUUGCUACAUCUGUUCUUUCAAGACACUCUAAUUUAUGAAGUUGUUAACGAAAAGUAUGUGACCACACAAGCUUCAAGCACAUUUUGCUGUUUGUCACAAAUUCUGUGUUUGUACAUAAUGCAGAUGCACACUCAGGAGGUCAAUUUAACUGCUACAGUGCAUGGAGCAAACACAACACUUUGAGAGAGCUACAUUUCCUUAGGUCAUCAAUAUGUCCUUUUUAGUUAUUAGCAUGUAGUUUCUCUUUAUUUCAUUGUUACUGAAGUCUAUUUAGGUGGGUUUUUUUAAAUUGAUGCAUUCUGUAUUAGAGUUCCUUGGUAUUUUCUUAGCAGAAAAAAAGCAUCCACUUUCAGGAUGUCACUGACCAUUUAGAUGUGCUGCAUAUGACUUAAAUAUCACAUCAAAAUCUAUCACAUCUCCAUUACCAAUUCAUUUAACCUGAAGAGAACACAGUACACCAAAGAUGCAGUAUAUUGCAAGCCAAAGACAUUUAUAACUUGCCAUUUAUUUUCAUCAUCAUCAUAGUAUUGUGAUUAUUUUAGAAAUCAGAAAACCUUGCAAACUCCAAAAAAAGUACAACUCUAUCAUUUUAGUUUGCUGUACAAUUGAGCAGAAAGUGGAUGCUGACAAAAUUAGCAAAGUCGUGAGUGGAGUAGCAGAGCUAACAGGGCCAUACUAGCUGCAGUUACAGUAGUCUUCAAAGAGCAUAAACAAUCCUUAUCACUGAAAUUGUUAUGGUCACUUGAUGUGCAUAUUUACCAGUGAAUGGCCCCUUUUGAAACACCAAUUGAGUGUUCAAAAGCAAGCCAAACGCUGUAAUGAUUCUUUAAAGACACUUGAGACUUUUUUAUGUACUACUUAAUCGAAACCAAAGAAACUUUUUCUGCACCUACUUCUUCUGCAACAAACUGUUCCAUUUUAAUAAAAUAAAAUAAAAUAAAAAAACCAAGGAAGCACGUCAGGAAACAAAAACAACACAACACACUGUGUUUGACAGACAUCUUGGACAUUUUAGGAAGCAGAUUUCAAAGAAAGGGUUGACAAGAAUGAAAACAAAGUAAAGCCAAUGUGAGUGCUGCUUCAUCUGACAACUCAGUAAUCUUAAAGUUGAAGAUUGUCUUUAAUUUGUGCCUAUGCAGUUUUUUCAAAAGAACAAGGAACAGAGCAACCGAAACCUCAACAGCUACAAUACCAAAGAUGAGGAUUUCUCACAACUUUUGUUUCAGUUCAUUAUCUCCUCUUGCACGGCUAAAAUGCUUAUAGCACCAUUGAUCUGUGUAAAGGUAAUCAAUUCUGUUUCUUUGAGCAACAAAAAGGGUGGUUUUUAAUUUUUUAUUUUUUUUCUGUUUCUCCCCCCAUAUGGAAUCUUUCAAGGAUUCCAUGGACUCCAAGUAUAAGGUGUUGGGAUACUAAACUAAUCUGUCUUCUCUGUCCGUAAGAGUAUGUGGGAAAAUGUGUCAAUUGAAUAUUAUUUGUUUUUUUAACAGGUAGAAUUGUUCUCUUCUAUGUUCAGAGCUUUAAACAACCAUCCCAUAUGGGAAAAAAUGCUUAACUGACCAGAUCCUCUUCCCCUUCCCCUUAAAUGAAUCUCGCAAGAUAGGUACUGAAAUACUUCAUUGUAAAUACUGAAUAUCACUAGAGAUGAGCCUGAAUCACAAAGAUCAGAUCUAGAAUUCAAACUGGAUCAGAGCUUCCAGUAGUUCAGAUGGUUUGCAUUCAUUGUUCUGGUUUGAACCAUUAUACUUCCAAAUAAUGAAAUUCGGAUCCAGGACCAAAUCUGAAUUUCCUCAAAUUUUGGGGGGUAGGGGAGAGGGAAUCUGAGGAGGGUUGUAACCAGUGUCUCAAUUCAACUCCAUCUCUACACAUGACUUAGGACUUCUUUUCAAAUAACACUGCAUAUAAAAGUAAUAUAAUCAAUUUCUGCAUUUUACCUUUUUUUUUAAGAAAAGAAAGAAAAACAGAAAAUGUUUCUGUACCAGAAGGAUAAUUAGGACCUUUCCUUAGAAAUAAAUUCAAGAUGGCUACCUGGGAAUCAGCAUCAGCAACUAACCUGAUAAAUGCUAGCUUUGGGGGGAAAUUAUUCUUUCCGCAUAACUCUUUCCCAGAGAAGGUUGGUCAUACAUGAGUCUCCAAAGAACAAGGGAAGCCUCAUUAUCAGAGAUGGAACUGAGUUGCAAAGGCCAGAUCUGGACUCACACUUUUCCAAGGAAUCAAGGUGUUGGGGUUUAAGGUUUUGAUUUGGCCCAUAAUAGAAAGAGGGUCCAGCUUAUGAAGCUUUGAUCCAAAUCUAAACGUCACAUUCAAAGUUUGGUAUGAAGCUAGUGUUCAAAUCAGGGUUGGUUUGAGAAUGCCUAUCUCCACGCAUGUCCUGCGCAUGAUCAUUGACCACUAGCAAUUUUCCAUCCUAAUACUGCUGUUCUUCAUUUUCUAGCAGUACUAUACAAUGCUGCUUUUCUUAUUGUUUUUCUCAUAUCCCAUUCCAUAAUGUUAUAUACCCUUCGCUGUUCUAUAAAGGGGAUGGACAUAGUACUUUAGUUAAAGCACAGAAUGUCAUUUCUUAACCUCUUUUAGAUUACUGUCAAUUUUCCUUAUGAUUUCAAUUAAUUGAUGUGUAUAUCUGACAAAAAAUAAUAUCCCAGCCAUCAUUUAAGGAAUGUGGUCAAAAUGAGCUGUUCAUGCCAAAGUAAGUUUUCCAUACAGAUGGCCUUCUAACAUUAAGCACAUCCACCUGGUGGCGGGUUCUGUCUUUUGUUUAACGUCUCCUUUAUAAUCAAGGGGAAAGUGCCAUGUUUCCCAUAUGAGGUUUUUAUGCUGGAAAAUUAGAGUGAUUUGUAAGCUUUUAACGAGUAAAAGGAGAAAAGUGAGUAAAUUCUCACAACUUUAAAGACCAUUUUACAUCAUAUGCACUGAAUCCCAAGGAAUUUUCUAGAAAUUCCUGCCACAUCUCUUUCUUAUUGUUUGAGGCGAGAUUCUAGUACCCCGACCUUUGCUGAGUAGUAUUGCAUUCUGUGAGAAGCCUUAUGAAUUUCAAUGGGACACCUUGUGGCAUAUAUUGCUACACAACAUGAGAGAAUCAGAAUCAGGUCCUUGAUUGUUUCAGACCAAAAUAGCAUAAUUUAUUGUCAAAAAUCUAAACACCUUUUAGGCUUUAUUUGUCUCAUCUCAUCAAUAAAAAAUACAGCAGAUGCCCAACUAUCUCUGGAAAGAGCAUGGCCAGGAAAUUUGUGUCUAAGCUUCAUAUCUCAUGGGGGUAUGCAAAAGCUGUUAACCACGCAAUGAAAAAGAGCUAUUUUUAUUCAAGGAUGAGUGUAAGUCUUUUUUAUUUGACUCUAGGCCAGCAGCUGCAGCCAGAACAAUCCAGGUUAAAUACUGAAUUAUUAACAAACAAAAAUUAUCCUUAAGAUAAAAUGUGAUAUUUUUGAUUCCCUGCAAAUGUUUGGAUGUGCUUGGUAGACAAUAUAAUGGCUCAAAUUCCAAUGUUUAAAUUUAAACUACUAGAAAACAAUCACACACUGGAAACAACAUAUUGAUUUUGCUGUUAUGAUUAGGGUUCCAACCCUGCAGCCUUUGCUCAAGCAGAAUUGCAGCUUAAGAUUUUGCCUGAGAGAGGAUUGCAUUUUAAGGCCAUGGCCAUGUCAAUGUUCCUAUUAUAUGCCUAUUUGUCAAAAAUGAUUUUGAUAUGGACAUAUGAAAAUACUGCUGCAUUUUUGACUCCCAUAUAUUUUAUCAACCCAUAUUAAGUCUUCCAUUUCAUUGUCAACUGUAGCAGGCUUUUUAUGUAGCAUAUAACUCAGAAAAUGAGUGUUAACAGUAUAAACUGAGUGUAGAUAUAUAUGUGGGUAUGCGUACACAUAUGUAUGAUAUAUGCGUACACAUAUGUAUGAUAUACAGUAUAUUCUGUUUAUACUAAAAAAAAAAUCCAAAAUGUGCGUGUUACAUUUAUAUGCCAUCUGUUUAUAACUCUCUAUAGCUAUAUGGCUAUAACUUGUAUCUUUUUUGUUUAUUUGUUUGGCUCCAAAAAAACUAAUGUAAAAAUAGUAUCCCAGCAUCUUCUUUACUAUAUACUUGGAGUCACUAUCAUGGGCACAUCCAAGAUGAAUUCAACUUUCAAGAACCCUUGGAUAUUGUUUAAUCAUCUCUGAAGGAACAAAGAAUGUGCUUGAUUACUUCGGUUGAAUAGCUUUAUUCUGGAUCUCUCUUAACUAAAGCUAAAUCCAAAGACCUGAGAAGGACUAAACCAGCAAAGCAAAGCUCAAACCUACUUAAGGGAAUAGGAAUCUCCUCUUCCAAAAGGAGACAUGGUAAUGACAUAGCUUUGGAAAAGUUGUGCUAGCUAUGGGGGGGGGGGGGGGGCAAAUCUGAUGUUUUUCUUGCUUGUCACAACACCUGAGUAUUUUUAAAAGUGGGAAAACUUUAUAGAUUAUACUGGGCCUAAUUUGUAUUUAUUAAGGGGAAUUUUUAUUGUUUAAAAUUUUUUUUAAAUGGUAAUCUUUGAAUUAUUUUUUUCCUGACUCUUUUGGGUUGUGACCCAAUAUAUUAACUAUCAAUGAUGUACUUUAUUUAAAUUAGUCUCAGACCAAUCCUGACGUCUUUAUUCAGGCUAAAUCCCCAUAUGGUUUCAUUUUAUUUUAAUAUUCAGUGGGAGUUUUGCCUGCUUACAGACUGCAGGAACAGGCUCAAGUGAUAAUCUUUUGUAACUAUUUAAUUUAAAUCAUUCCUGAUUAUUUUGUCAUUUGAGUUAAUUUUACGUAUUUAUCAGUUCUAGAAUUGUAGCGCAUCAUAGAUGCAAUGCUUAUAUUAGUAUAUAUACUUUAAAGUUAGUAUUGCUUCAUAAAGCAGCCAAGUUCUGUUACAGACAAGGAAAAAUAACAGGUUAAAAAGGGAUUUUUAAGUUUUAUUUCUUCUUUUAAUCGAUUUAAAUUGUUUAAAUAUCAGUAAUUAAAUUAUUUAAGUUAAUCCCCCUUCCCAUCUCAUUAGAAAGUGGGACGUACCUUUAAUUAUUAUGACACAUGAAGCCUUCCCAAUAUACCUUAUUUAUUUAACUUAUUCAGCAUCUGCGAAAGAUGCCCUUGUAUAGUUUUAUAUUUUUUAUUUAAAACAACUUAAAGCACUACAGUUUAUUUUCUGUCAGAACAACAGAGCGAAUUUUGUGGACAAGCAAUGAAUAUUCAACCUAUAACUGUGCAUUCAGAAACAAUAGAAAAAAGACACUGAGAUACUUUGCCUGAACUUUGUGGCUUCUGAAAACUUAAGCUGGGGGAAAAAAUAUAACGACAAGCAAAAACAGAGAAACCCUUAAACUAGCUGCUUCCAAGAAUGAACUCUGCGUGUGUGGGGGGAAAAAAAGAGGAAAAACAAAGAAAAAAAUAAAGAAAAAAACCUUUCUAUUUCUAGUGAGAACCAAAGAGGCUACCUCACUGACUUUUUCCAUUUGUAAUUUUAAUCGUGUUGAUGAUACCAAAGAUACCAAAGAUUUCUUUCUCUGUGCGGUCUGCAUUUUGCUCGUGCUCUUUUAUAGUUUUCACCUUUCUCUCUUACAUACAGUAAUGUACAGCUGCAACUCAGAUACCCCAAAGAAAUUCCUGUAGUGGGGGCUGCUAAUUCUGAUGAGGGCAUUUUCUGUGUUUAUCUUAUUCCUUUCUGCCAGCUAAAAAUGUCCAAGGCCAAGUCAGGCAAGUUCAGAGCUUGGUAGCACCACUUUACUUCUCCCACCUGCCAAAUUCAAUCGGUUGGAGCAACUGUGUUGACUCUUGGUUGGUAUCUGAUUUUUGUUCUUUGACCGUUACCUUGGUAAAAUAAAUCUAUAUCCUGUUAUCUUGCCAAAUGCAGAACUCCAUCUGAAAUAUUUGGGGUUUUUGUAUUUGAAUCAGUUGCAGAAAUUGGACCAGGGUCUCUCUCUCUCUGUUUAACAACGUUAUGGGUCUGAUCCUGUAGUCCUUAUUCAAGCAAAACUCCCAUUGACGGUCCUUAGAGAUGUAAGUGCAGUAUCAUGAAUCACCAGGAUUCACACAGUUAAGAAGGUACUUCUCUCUGCUCAUUGCAUGAUUUAGUAGAUGCUCCACACACAGGGCUUCCAUUGACUUCAGUGGGAAUGAUAUACAUGGGGCUCAAUCCUGCAGAUCACACAAGUAUCUCUAAUUCACAUAAAGCCAGAUUCUGCUGAAGUACAGCACUAUUUUCAGUGGAGGGUGGAGAGGUAAGGAAGUAAUUGCUGCUCUGUGUGAAGCGUUAUACGUGACUGUGUGCAUCAUGGGUUUUUUUUUUUUUUUUACACUUCCUCUAAAACAUCAGGCAUUGGGUGCUGCAAGGAGCAAAAUACCAGAUUAAUUAGGGUAUGUUUACACUGCAAUUGAGAGGUGUGAUUACAGCAGGUGUAGACAUAGCUGAGCUGGCGUUGCUCAAGCUAGCUUGAGUAACAAAACAAUAGCAACGAAGUCAGGGCAGCCCAGUCGACUGCAUGGGCUAGCGCCAUCCGCCCAGGGCCCUGGGUACAUAACUGAGCAGAGCUAUUCAGCGUGCCACAGAUCCACUGCUUUUGUUAUGUCUACAUGUGCUGCAAUCACACCUCCCAACUGCAGUGUAGACAUAAGACAGUGAAUCAAAGAUCAAACCUAGUACAGUAAAUCUUCUGAACCAGAGCCUUAUCUUAAUAGCCCCAAUGUAAAUCUGGAUAUCUCCCAGGAAGUCAUGGAAUUACUGUGAUUUUACAUCAGUGAAACUGAGAUCAGAAACAAGCCCUGAGUUUCUAACCAACAUUUUAGAUAGAAGAGAAACAAAGGCUGCUUUCUCAUUUUUUUUCUUUUUUACAAUUACAUUUUUUUCACAUUCUCAUCUGUUGAGUUAAUUAUUUUUUCUCAGGUUAGCAGAGAAAUGAAGACACAUUAUGCUCCAUUAAUAAGAUGCUCCUAAGUGAUUACUUAAAAGUUGUUUGCCACUUUUUGUCAUCAGGGAAUAAAUAGUGCCCUUUUGUGCUUGUUUCUUUUAGCCUGUUAUAUGAUUGAAUGACUUAAAAUCCACUCAUCAGCAUGGUUUGCUAUUUGUAAACAGUAUUUAACAUUUCACAGGUUUAUAUCAAAUAGGUUUAGACAUAGAGGGCCCAAUUCUGCAUUCACUUGGACCCUGCACAAUCCCAUCAACUUCAAAGGGCGUUUUGCCUGAGUAAUGAGAGCAAGAUUGUGCCAGCAUACGCAGAAGAUUUGUAGAGAAGUAAAUCCAGACAGUGAGUUCAGUUACAAAAGAGUAGCAUACUGCUCCUGCUCCCAGUGACAUAGAAAACUCCUCAGCAGAAGGAGAAUCCAGCCCUGCAAAGAUACAAAGGCCCUGGUUCUGUAACAAGGAUUGUACCUAUGCAGAAUCUCAUUGGGUUCAGUGGGACUCCACUCAGGCAGAUAGGUCUGCUAGGAUCAGGGACAUAAAACUGUGUAAUAGUCUAAUGCACUUGCAUAUAUUAUAGUGAUAGUUGAUCUUUACAAUAAGGUGUUUGCAUCAGCAGUGCAUUGUUGAUUCAAAUUAUUUUCAUCAUCAGCUCAACCAAAAAGCUCCAUUUUUGUAUUAAACUUGCUUCUUCUUUUUUUUCAAAAUAACAAGUCUUUUCUUUCUUGGAAAAGACAGUGGCUUGAUGCGUGUGCUUUUGAUAUCUGUUUGUAUCUAUCUAUUUAUCUAUCUAUCCACCUUCAACAUGGAGCUAUAAUAAUUCUCAGGAUGCUUUCUAGGUAUGGAGGAGACGAUAUUUUCCUUGUGUUAAGUGAACCCUUCCAUACUAUACCACCCCCUUUCACCUCCCAGGGUACAUCUAAGAACAUUGACAGUUUGAACACAGAAAAUAGUCAGAAUUGGCAGGACCCUCUACAGCAAUUGCAUUCCUUACCAGACUCAUGCUUCACUUGCAAAGUGUGACAUUACCACGGGACGAGUGCCUUCCUUGAACCAAAGCAACGAUUUUGCCAGUCUAGACCUCUCUGUGCUUUUUUUAAUUCUUCCUGUGAAUACCUCAGCUUCAACUGGGCCGCCAUACUGUACCUGGUGGGCUUAUUGUACUGUGGUGCUUUGCAAUGCAACCCCACAAAGAACAAUAUUUGUAAUAAUACCAAAGGCUCUUCUUCUGCUGCUGCUUCUUCUUCUUCCUCCUCCUCCUCCUCCUUUUCUAUUUCUUCACGGUUCCAAAGCUUUAAUAUAAAACUGGGCAUGUUGGCAACGCAGACCGCGCAAUUCCUUACCGAAUUUUCUCAGAUAUACCUCAUAGAUAAUAGUGUUUAGAGUAAUGUUAUUAUAGCGUAUGUAAUAAAUUAUUCACUGUUUCUUUUUGGUAACUGUGAUUUAAAGAAAAAAAAAGCUUUAUACGUUUUAGGUUGUGCUUUUGUAAUAGACAAAAAAGGUGCGCUAAAAUAAUGUACGUCUGUCUUUUUUCCCUUUGGAUUUUUAUUUAUUCUGGAUUGGGGAAAGUUGCAGAAUGAGCCCAAAGUUUACAGUUUCAUAUUUUGCUGAAGAAACAAUCUGUGUUAAUUUGCUCUGUUGAAAAAAAUAUGAUUAUUUUCUACAUUUGUGCUACUUGGUCUGAACAACUAAUUGUUCUGUGUUACAGUGUAGUAUUAUAAUUAGCAACUGCCAAUCAGUGCUAUAAUUUGUAUGCAUGAGGCAAAAAAAGUUUAGCAGUGUGAUGCAUUGUGGUUCUUAAUGGCAACUUUUUUUUUCGUUCAGAAAUAGACCUUAACCUUUGGUUUAAUGGAAUUUAUGCAUGGGAGCCUGUUAUCUGUUAGCAGUUGUGGAACAAUUGUGUAUACAUUUAAACUGUGAAAACAUGCACAGUUCUGCCUCAUGCAGUUGAAAUACUAGUUUAUAUGAGCAGUUACAUCACUAUGAAACUCUAUCCUGAUCAGUCAAUGUUUAAAAAACAACAAAAUCAAAUUGGAUUCCCGUUAUAAAACAGGAAAUUUUAUUCAAAGCAAAGUUUGACCAAUUGGCAGUUCCCGAUGGCCAAUAAAUUUAAUUUAUGAGUGGGUCAUUUCAAAAUACGUCUUAUUCAAAAUUGAGUCAACUGUGCAUUUUUUCCAAAAAUAAAAGGAGUUAUUUUGGCUUUAUGGCAGAAACCUUAGACAUAACAUGUAAUACCCUCGAAUGUAAAUGUAGAUAUUAUGAAGCUUCAUAAAAAUUCCAGACCUCUUCCACUGAUCUUGCUGGGAAUAACCAUUCCGAUUCUUUUUGUGCUUGGUUUCUUCUUGUAUUGUGUAAUAAGGUCAGCACUCAGCAUGAACCAAAAACUUCAGUAUUAGCAGAUCUAAUGUAGAACAACAAUUCAGACUGCCUCAGUGAUUCAGUCAAAAAAACAUAGUUAGAAUUCCCUCCUGACUGUCUUGCCUAUGCAACUGUAUUUCACGUCUCUCUCUAGUCUGAAGUGCAUACAUGGUUUUAUUUGAAUCUUACUGAAAGAAUACUGAAGCUCUUUUUUGUUCAGUCCCUUUAGGACACACCCAACUCUCAUUUCCCUCAGUUUAGGGUUAGUAUUUAAUAAAAUAUUUUGUACCCAAUUUAAAAUAAUCUCUAUAUCCUAAACUAAUCUACCCUUCAAGAACCCACAAAAACUAAUUUUAUAGUAGCACUAUUUGGUAUUGGCAAAUUUAGUGUUUUUUAUAUUUGGGUUCACUCACCCACUUGCAACCUUUUACAUAAACCUAACUCAUUGACCAUGCUAAACGUAAAGCCAAAUCAACUACUAAAUACAUUUUACUUUGCAUAGGAGAGUGCAAUUUAGGAAACAGAAGGUGUAAAAGUGGCAGUCUACUAUACACAACAUCUAAAUUUAACAUCAGUACAGUGUUUAUAUUGUCUGGCAUUAAGAUUAUAUUGGAGAUGUGCUUUCAUUAGUGCAAAGAAACAUAUUUUUAUUUGGCCUUAUAAAGUAGAUUGUGAUAAUGGAAGCUUUGUAAUAUAGUCUGUUUAUUUUUCCCCCUUAUUUAUCUGCCAAAGAUGGUAAUGGAUACAAGAAUUUUAAAUAGGUUUUUUGUAAGACAGUUAAUGAUUGUAAUAGUGUUUAAUCUUCCAGAAAGCUUUAUAUGUUCUUCCGCAAUAAACAGAAUCAAUAUUUGUUUCAGUAAAUUCGACUCAUGCUAACAGAUCCACAAACUAUUCCUGCUUAAUGCAGUUAUUAUAAUAUCUCUACAUUAAGUUCAAAUUAAUUUUUCAAUCCAAAGGAAACAAGGGGUAUGUGAGACAAUGACAAUGUCCAUUACUGUUUAUAACAAACAGUAGAUGGUCCAGCUUACUAAGAUUUGCCAAGGUACUUGUAUUAUGAAAUUUAAGGUAUAUUUUAUUAUGCCAUUUUAUGUCAUUUUUUUUAACUUUGUGGAGGUGAUAUGUUGAAUUGAGUGUAAGCUGAGUUUUCCAGACAAAUAAAGUAGCUACAGAGUGAAUGUUAUUUUAUUAUUAAAGGUUUUUACUCAAUGAUUUGUGCCAAUAGACGUCCUUUAUCUCAAUAACAAAUACUGUAUAAUUUUCAAAUUUUUAUUUAUAGCUAUUGAUGUAAAAACCACACACCUAUGAUUUGCCAAAGUUCAAUAAAGGAGGAAAACCUGACAUUUUUGCUUCCUUGUGCAAUGAAAAGGUCCUUUAUUUUCAGGUGCCUUUUAUAGUUAUUAGAAACCCACCUCAAGUCUGAUCCUGCACCACUGAAGUAAAUGGGAGCUUUGCUAUUGAGCUCAAUGAACACAGGAUCAGACCCUGAAAUAUGGUAGCAGACUAUAAACCAUUUGGUAGCGGACUCUAAAGCAGAGCUGGGCACAUUGGGAAUAUUGCAGAGCCUGAUCCUGAGAAAUGCUACAUUGCAUGCAGGAUCAGGCUCCAUGUGAACAGAUGUCCCUGUAAAAAUGUUGUGAUGUUACCUAGCCUGUGACACACUUACCAGAGGUGAAUUAUAAAGGAAUGAGAAAGAUCAGCGCAUAAAGGGGGAAAAAAAACAGAGGUGAAUUAUAAAGGAAUGGGGAAGAUCAGGGCAUAAAGGAAAAAAUCUUAAUUAUGCUGCAGACUGUCUCUAAUGGACUCCCCUUUCCAAACCUCUUUUCCAAGUCCCCAAUCCUGCAAUGACUUGCAUAUGUCCUUAACUGUAUGCACUGAGAGUCGAGCCAUUGAUCUCAAUGGGACGACUCAGAGUCCUUAAAAUUAAGCAUGUUCACAAGUUCUUGCAGGCUCAGGACCUGCUAUUAAGCUUGAGAAUGAGACAGGUUUGGAGGGCUUGCUGCAAGUUUUAUGCAUUCCUGUUUGCAAUGCAACAGGUCUUGGCCUUUCACUACUCCAUUAAAUGGCAGAGGAAAGGACAAUGAGCAAUUGAUGACAUUAUUGGCACAGCUGCUGGGGGAGAUGAGCAGGACAUACACCUUAAUUUUUACUCUCUUGUGGAUGUUCCUCACGGUAGUCGCAGGAUGCAGACACCUCCAUCUUUUUCUAUACCUCUGCAUCUCUACUGAAUACGAUUCACACACAAAGGCCCAAAUACAUCCCUCUUGUAGUCAUUGGAAUCCAACCCAGGGAUGACUGUUACCCCAAAGUUGUCUUUAUAAGGCUUUUACCAUUGCUCAGGGCAAAUCACCACACCGAAGAAGUCAGCCAAGAUAGAAGUCAUAAUAGUUCCUUUAUUUUUUUCAACAGUCUCUCUGGUCUUCUGAAACUGACAUUCAAAUCCUAAUUCCCUGGGAUACCUCAGUUAGUGUAAAUUUGCUAUCUAGGCCAACAAUGACUACGGACAUACUUCAGUGACAGGCAUAAAAAGCAAAUCACCAUGUCACCAUAUUUGGAAGUUGCACAGUAUUGUGUAACUCACUUUAGCACAAGAAACUGAAGUAAACUACACACAGCCUAACACCCUGAGGCAGCCUUUACUGUGUGAAUCCACCACUGUAGCAGCAAGACGCAGCAGAGGUGCUGCUCUAGCUGAGGUCCCAUGUCUUGGUCCCAUAAAGGGACUUGCCCUUGUUAAUGUUGUGCAAGUCUCUCAUCAUAGAUCUUUAUCCCAGACUCAGAAGAACCAUAUAUCAUUAUUCUUUAUCUUCCUGCAUGGCUCUUGGUAUAUUCUAAAAGAAAAUAAAUAAUUUAAGGAUUGGUAUUGGGAAGGCACAACAAAUUCAGUUAACCUUCAUUUUACUAUAGCUAUGGGAACGUCUUUUAUUCUCCUUGAGUGCCCUCAUUCAGAGUAGGAGUACUUGUGGCACCUUAGAGACUAACAAAUUUAUUUGAGCAUAAGCUUGCGUGGGUUACAGCCUACUUGCAUCUGAUGAAGUAGGCAUGACAUGCAUCCAAUGAAGUAGGCUGUAGCCCACAAAAGUUUAUGCUCAAAUAAAUGUGUUAGUCUCUAAGGUGUCACAAGUACUCCUGUUUUUUUGCGGAUACAGACUAACACGGCUGCUACUCUGAAACCUCUCAUUCAGAGUAGAUCAGAUGCAAAAUAAGUGAACAAGGAAAUGCAUUUAAAGAUGAAGUUUUCCUUUGUUUAUCUCUCUGAGUAAAAAAGGCACUUAAAAAUAGCCCUUUCCUUCCUUGUUCUCUGGGACGAAUUGGAAGAUACCCCCAGCAUCAUUUUCCAUUGUUUUUUCUCUGAAGUAAGUUGACCUGUUAUUGAACACAGUAACUGAACCUGUUGCUGAACCUGUGCCCAGCAGUUCUACCACUAGCACAUGGUGCUGAAAGUGGUUUUGUCCCAUCCAAACUAGCAGUUACAUUGGUUACAGAACAGGUCGAUUGUAAUGUGUUGUUGACCACCAUUGUCAGCAAAAGGUCAAUUUGGGCUUUAGUGUCUAGAACAUUUGGGGCAGGGGGGAAUAAAGCAUUUUAACUGUGCACUUUAGUGCUAAUUCUCUUUAUAUUCCUUCCUUGAACUCCUUGAAUCAGACGCUGCUCUCAUUUAAUUUCAUUGGAUGUCACUAGUCGGGUCCAAAGCAGAAUAUGGCCUUUUGUGUUUGAUUUUAAAGAGCUCAGGAUGUUAUUUUGAGAGUCUCCUCUCUCUUUUCCUUGUUGGGUCACUUGGAUGCUUUCAGGCUGAUGGAGAGAGUAGAAGAAUCAAAUUCUCUUUUAGGCAUCAAAUUUCAUGUCCACAAAUCUGCGGUCCGUUAGGUGCCAUAAUUCAGGAUAGGUCUGCACUUAAAACGCUGCCGCAGCAUAGCUGCACCAGUGAAGAAGCUACUACUCUUGAGAAGAGGCGGUAGCUAUGUCUUGCUGUCAACAUGGCGCUGUCCACACUGGCAGUUAGGUCAGAAUAACUGCGUCGCUCUGGGUGUGGAUUUUUCCCAACCCUGAGCGAUGUAGUUAUACUAAUGUCAGUUUAUAGGGAAGACCUGGCCUCAGAGCAGUCUUCUAGAUGUUCCAUCUGUGCUUGCCUUCACUGCAUCACAUUUUCCUGGCACAGCUGUCCCCUAAACUUGCCUUCUACAGGUAAUGAAAUAAAACAAUCAAUUUAAAAAUAAAGCCAAUACCAUAGUCAACUUGUUUCAACCAUUUCCUUUGGCAGCUCAGCUGGUGUUCAGGCUUUGCAAACCGGCUCCACUGGUCAGAGGUAGCAGUUUGUCAAUGCAAGACAAGACAAGAUUUCAGUGCAAACCCACUGUCCACCUGCAGCUGUGUGACUAAAAGUCACUCCACUCUGUGAGCGACACACAGGGUGGGCCUGGAAUGAGAAACCAGAGGGGCGGAAGAGGGACUCUGCAGCUCUGCUUUAAAGCUCUGCAUUAAUUUCUUACUUUAAGAAUGGAAAAAAAUGGCCAUUUAUGCAAUAGAAACAGAAAAAAAAAUCAAAACAUCCAUCACUAUGGGCCUAAUCCAUUUAAAGCAACAGUACAUGUCAAUGAAAACACAGCCAAAUUCUAUCCUGUAUAGACCCACACUCUAUAGACCCAUUAAAAUUAAGUGGAGAAUCUAGGCCAAUAUAACUUUUUAAGCACUUUUGAAAAUGACAGCACCUAAAUUUCCUAACACUCUGUUUUCCUUGAAAAACACAAAUCAAAAAUGUUACUUUUCAGGUCAGAGUCGGCAAACUGCCGUGGGUCAUGGUUUCUGUGAUGUUUGGAGUAGUGGCAACUUGGCUACAUGAAAACUGCAGGAGAUUGCUCCAUAAAAAGGAGUUAAACACCUCUCAACAGCAUACUGAAACUGGCAUGGCCAUCAAUGGGAGCUAACAUAUACGUGCGUGUGGAAAGGAGUAUUCCUCCCAAAGGUUAAUAAGUGCUGUUAAUUAGCUGGCACACCUGCAACUAUAAGAACAAUGCAUUUUCUCACAUACAUCCUUUCCUUCAGUGUAGGGAUACAGCAAUUCUUUCUGAGCUUUGUUGCAACAGGAAUGUUCCAUAUUCUGCAUCUGCAAGUCAUCAAAUGGAAAAAAAAAGUUUUUGCAAAAAGCUGUUACUGGUGUUAUAUGUUUCAACUGCUGCAUUGACUAAAGCAUGAACAUCGUGGUAGUUGUUGACACAUUGGGGCACUUUAAACCCUUUGCUAAAUUCCCAGUCCUUUCGAUAAUUCGGUUGAGUUUUGAGAAGCUAUUUUCUAUUUGCUGUGUUUUCAUCAUGAUGCCAUUAUUCUCCCAUCCUGAUGUUUUUGUCUACAACAUUGCUUACACUGGAUUCUUUAUAUUUUUAUUCCUAUCAUUAAAUGGUAGUGCUGUAAAUUCUGCAAUUAAUGUCAAAUAAACGGCUUUAAUUCA